AUGGCGUGUUCAUCAGCUUCGUGGAAAGAUCAGGAUCCGUACAGUGCUCCAGGACCGCUGGGAGCCCGUUACGAUGACAGCCCUCUUCAUCUGGAUAUCCAGUUGGUAGUUCCUGGGAUUCGACCAAAAAGCUUCUAUCGAGCAGCCAAUACUCAAGUCAAUAUAAAAAGUGAUCCUUUUAGUAUGAAAUGCGUAGUAGAAAUAGUGAAGAUCGACAAAAAGAAGACACCUCCAGAGAAGUCAAUCAUCGAUCGCCGAUUUUUCGAGAUCCAACGAUUUCCGUCUGAAAUCGAAGACAUCACAUGGAAACUCAAAAAAGAUUGCUGUCAUCUGACAAUCAAAAAGAAGGCAACACAGUCUUGGGAAAACCAAAUGUCGCAGUUUGGAAUGACAUAA